AUGACUUCUGGUGAUGCUGCUGGUUCUGUGAUCGGGUCUUCCCAAGGACUUGACUGUGUUGCCAUCCACCAAUUUGCUCUUUACUUAUCCCUGAGCGGCCUGCCUUUUUUUCAGAGAAGCCAAAAACAAAAAAAAUCAUGCAUUUGGUUGAAAACCUUUCAGGGAAACACCAGUGAUGAGAUACCUAUGCCUACUUAUUUUCGUUUCCUUCCCUUGCUUGCCUUCAAAAUAUUUGCUGCAGAGCAGGUGGAUGUUGCUAUCAUGGAGGUUGGGUUAAGUGGAAAAUUUGAUGCAACGAAUGUGGUUCAGACACCGACUGUGUGUGGUAUAUCUUCCCUUGGAUAUGACCACAUGGAAAUUCUUGCAGAAAACACUCUUGGAGAAAUUGCCGGGGAGAAGGCUGGUAUUUUCAAGCUUGGAGUUCCAGCUUUUACUGUGCCCCAACCGGAUGAAGCAAUGUGUGUGCUUGAAGAGAAGGCUUCCCAGUUGGAUGUACAUCUUCAAGUAGCAGCCCCGUUAGACAUCAACUUGCUGAAUGGUCUACAUCUUGGGCUUGACAGUGAGCACCAAUAUAUAAAUGCUGGUCUUGCUGUUGCAUUAAGCUCUACUUGGCUUCAAAGGACUGGCCAUCUUGAAGUCAAUUACCUGCUGCAACAGACUACCUCUCUGCCUGAGCAAUUCAUUAAAGGGUUAACAACUGCUGCUUUGCAAGGACGGGCUCAAGUUGUCCCUGAUCAGCUGAUGGGGAUUGAAAGCCCCGGAAAUCUCGUGUUCUACUUGGAUGGAGCCCAUAGUCCUGAAAGCAUGGAAGUAUGUGCAAAAUGGUUCUCUCUUGCAAUCAAAGAUUACCAUGAGCCAAUGUCCUUCAGUAAUUUGGUAGAUGAUUAUAAAAGAGCUUCACUUGAAUCAGUACGGAUGGACCACCAUGAGACUUCCAAGAAGAAUCUCACACAGGUAAGGGCCUUUCAACCUUGUUGGAUCUGUAUAAGUUGA